AUGGAUUUUUUUUUGCCGAAUGCUGUGCCGAACUUUGACUAUGUCCUUGAUAUCGGACUUUCGUCAAAAUUCGGGCGCGCUGCCGGUGGUUUAAAUCCAUGUGGAGGAGAGGAGGAUGACGAGGAGGAGAUGGUGGAUGUUUAUCCAACACGUACUGAGGCGAAACGCCAAAGAGUGUUGGGAUGGAGAUGUGAUGAUGGUGGAAUGGAUUUUGCUCUUCCGAGUGCCGUCCCUGACAAUGUCCCGAACAACGGACAUUUGUUAGACAGACAUGCCGGGAGUUCACAUCCACGAGGAGGAGUAAAGGAGUUUACUCCUGCAUUUGAGGAGGCGAACAGCCCCACAGAAAAAUGCAAGAAUACAUUCUUUAAAUCAUUAAAGAAGGCAUGGGAGAAUGUAAAGCACCCAUUCCUGAAAAAUGAUAAAGUUGAAACACUGAUUCCUUCAGAGCUUAAUGCGGAUUCAGCAAAUCCUAAUCUAAAGGAUGAUGCUGUUCUGGCCAGCUCUGAAUUAAACACUAAAAUCAAACCGGACAAACGAAUGGCAUUCUUUGACUGUCUCUGGAGGGGCAAGGUGGAGUCAGUGCGGACUCCACAGCUUAAAGCGGAUCCAGCUAUCCCUGAUGUUAGGGAAGUUGUUGAUCUGGCAUCACAGUCAAAGACCUACGUUGGUCCGAAGAAAAAGAAACAAAAGGCUUCAAAGAGCCGCAAAUCUAACCUCCAGGGAGAAAAAGUGACUGUUGUGCCAACUCAACAGCCCAAGGCCAUUUCAGAUAUUCCUGUUGGCAUGGAUGUUCCUGAUCUGGCCUGCCCCCAAUCAAAACCAAAGAUUCGUCCGGAUAAACGCAAGACAUUGAAGCAACGCUUCCUUGGAUGCUUCCGGAGGGGCAAAGUGGAGUCAAUGCCGACUUCACAGAUUGAGGCCGAUACAGCUAUCCCUGAUGCCAGGGAAGUUGUUGAUCUGGCAGAUUGUCAAUGGAAGAGUGUUGGCUUAAAGAAACACAAACAAAAGGCAUCAAAGAGCCGCUCAUUUCACAACCCUUGCGGAAAAAAAGGGAAGAGUAAAGUGAAAAAAGAUGCCGAUCCAGCUAUUCCUGAUGCCAUGGAUGGUGCGGAUUUGGCCAGUUUUGGUGGCAUCACUGCAGCUAAUGGGAGGCUACAGAAGAUAGGUGCCAUUCCAGAGAAUAUUGGGUUAAAAGGUGGCGGAAAUCCCGACCCAAAUAAAGCUAAAAAUCCUGGGUCAAAAGAUGUUGGAAAUCCUGAGGCAAAAGGUGGUAAAAAUCCCAGGCCAAAAGCUUUUGGAAAUCUCAGACUUCCUUGGUUUUUUAAUGCAAAAAUAACUAAAAAUCCUGGACCAAAAGAAGAAGGAAAUCCUGGGGCAAAAGCCCUUGAAAAUCCCAGAAAUCCCUUGUCAGAAGAUGAUAAAGUUGUCAGGCCAAAAGUUAUAAAUGUUGUUCAACAAGCUUCUGAACCGCCAAGCAAGAAGAAACCAGCUGAUCCGUCAGUGCCUAAAGACACUUUUGAUUCUAAAUAUCAACGCUUGGAGGAUGAAGUGCUUGGGUGCGGUGGCUGUGCCAUAGUGUACAAAGGGAUCCGUAAAUCGGAUGGCAGUGAGGUUGCCAUCAAGCGAAUAAUCAAACGAAAGAAUGAAAGGACUCUUCAGAUUCCUGGAUCCCCCAAACCACUUAUUACAGAAGUGGCGCUGAUGCUUAAGUUAAGAGAUGCGCCCUCAUGCACCAAUGUCAUACAGAUGUAUGACUGGUACGAGACUAAACACUUUUACACGCUCGUGUUGGAGUACCCACUGCACAGCGAAUCCUUGUUGCUAUUUGUUCUUCUUGAAGAAAAACUAAGUGAAAAUACAGCAAGACAUCUCAUGCGUCAGGCAGUACUGGCAGUGAAACACUGUCUGGAUUGUGGAGUUUUCCAUACCGACAUCCAUCCCGGAAACUUCUUGGUGCAGCAAUCAACAAUGAGCCUGAAGUUAAUUGACUUUGGGCUUGGACAUUAUCUGACGCAUGAGGCAUAUGAUUCCCGUGACUUUAUGGGAGCUCCAUGUUGCACCCCGCUUGAGAUCGAAACGGCUAAGAAAUUCCACGCCGUGCCAGCAAACGUCUGGGCCAUAGGUACUAUGCUGUACUUCAUGGUGCUUGGAUCUUUCCCCUGUCCUUUAAACGAGUUUAAUUCCGGGAAUCUGGAGACAACUGAGAAGGAUUUAUCAAAGGAAAUCUGUGAUCUGUUAAGUGGUUGCCUGGCCCUGAAUCCAAGUGAUCGUCCGACGCUCAAGCAGAUCUUAGAUCAUGACUGGUUUAAAACUGAGUCUGAUGAAGAAGAGCUACUCGUAUACAAAAUGAGGUUUUAUUUCAGCCUCAGUCGUCAUGACCACAGACCGCUGGCUGAAUGUCUGAUGCAGAUCCUGUCUCAUCCUUGA